GUCGGAUGACCUCCAGCUCCGCACGGAGCUGCUCAUACGCUCGAUCCGCAUCACCAUCUUCCGCUGGGUGAGCCGCGGGCUCUUCGAGAGUCACAAGCUGAUCUUCUGCGCCAUGCUCACAUUCCGCCUGCUGCAGCUUGGGCAGCUCGCCGAGGCCUUCAACGAGUCGUACCUGCAGUUCCUCCUCCGAGGCCCCUUCGCGAUCACGACCGAGUAUCCCCUGUCCGACUGGCUCCCCAAUCACGCUUGGUGCAUGGUCUUGAAGCUCACUGAGCUAGAGGACUUCAGCCUCUUCGCGCAGAACCUGGAGAAGGACGCGCCCAACCGCUUCAAGGAGUGGUUCGACGAUCUGGCACCGGAGGAGGCGAAGUUGCCUCUCGACUGGAAGCGCCUUGACGCCGAGUAUGUCAAGAAGUUGCUUGUUAUUCGAUGUUUAAGGCCCGACCGGAUGACGUCGGCGCUGUCCGGAUGGAUAAGAGGAGUAUUGCCGAAUGGCAAGGAUUACAUGGAUUGUGACGGGUCUUUGUCUUUUAUCGAGGUCUUAUCUUCCUCUUACGAGGACUCGACGAGCAUGACGCCUUUUUUCUUCAUUUUGUCGCCGGGCGCUGACCCUGUCAAGGAGGUGGAGGCGCUCGGCAGAAAGACAAUCCAGCUGCAGCCGAACGUAAACUACCACAACGUCGCGAUGGGGCAGGGCCAGGACGUUGUCGCCAUGCAGAAGCUGGACAUGGGCCAUAAGGAAGGCCACUGGGUCAUGCUGCAGAACGUCCACCUCAUGCCCCGCUGGUGCUCGGAGCUGGAGAAGCGGCUGGACCAGUUCGCCGCGGAGACCAGCCAUUCCAAUUUCCGCCUGUUCCUGUCAGCGGACCCGUCCCCGGGCAUCCCGAUCGGGGUGCUGGAGCGGUCCAUCAAGCUCACCAAUGAGCCGCCGCAGGGGCUGCUGGCGAACCUGCGGCGGUCGUUCGCGCUCUUCAGCAAGGAGGAGUUCGAGGAGCGCGACAGCAAGAUCAAGGCCAUCCUGUUCGGCCUCUGCCACUUCCACUCCCUGAUGAUCGAGAGGAAGAAGUUCGGCCCGCUCGGCUACAACAUGACCUAUCCCUUCUCCGCGGGCGACCUCAGGGAUUCCGCCUCGGUCCUCUACAACUACCUGGAGGGCUCGGCCGCGGUGAAGCUCCCUUGGGAGGACCUCAGAUAUCUGGUGGGCGAGAUCAUGUACGGCGGGCACAUCGUCGACGACUGGGACCGAAGAAUGUGCCGGACCUACCUCUCCUUCUUCAUGCAGGACGAGCUGCUCGACGACAUGGAGAUGAUCCCGUACUCUCAGAAGCUGUCGUGGAGGGCCCCCGGGCCGAGCCCGCACGAGAAGUACGUGGAGCACAUCGAAUCCAUGCCCUCCGAGUCCCCGCUGUUCUUUGGCAUGAACCCCAACGCGGAAGUCAACUUCCGCAAGGCGCAGUGCGACCGCGUCUUCCAGCUGCUGGAGCUGGUGCAGCCGCGGGGCGCGGCGGGCGGCGCCGGGGCGGCGGAGGCGGACGGGCGCUCGCCCAUGGCGAUCGCGGAGGAGAGGUGCGGCGAGGUGCUCGACGAGGUCAAGGACCAACGACGUCCGGGAGCUGCUCAAGACCGAGGACGCGUGGCGCGCGCUGUCCGACGAGGACCGGGGCCCUUACCAGUUCGUCUUCCUGCAGGAGUGCGAGUACAUGAACGGGCUUGUGACCGAAAUGGUCCGCGGCCUCGGCGAGCUCCAGCAGGGCUUCAGGGGCGAGCUCACGAUGACCGAGCAGAUGGAGCAGCUGGCCGAGGCCCUGUGGAGGGAGGCCCUCCCCAUCUGGUGGGUCAAGCUCGGGUUCCCCUCCACGCGGCCCCUGCGCUCGUGGCUGCUGAACCUGAAGGAGAGCGCGUCGAGCAGCUGGAGGGCUGGAUCGGGGACCCGCUCAACCUGCCCAAGGUCGUGGACGUGUCGAAGCUGUUCUCCCCUCAGACCUACUUGACUGCCAUCAAGCAGGUGUGCUGCCAGCACGACCGCCUCGAGCUCGACAAGCUCAAGGUGUUCACCGACGUGACGAAGCGGGACAUCAAGGCGAUAGAGGGGCCAGCCCGGGAGGGCUGGUACGUGACGGGCAUGUACCUGGAGGGCGCCCGGUGGGACGUCAUCUCUGGCUCGCUCGACGACUCGAAGCCCAAAGACCCCGAGAUGUUCACGAGGAUGCCGGUGAUCAAUUGUAAGGCGGGCCUCGCGGCGGAGAAGGAGGACGAAGAGCGUGUACCUGUGCCCGUGCUACUCCGUGCCGUCCCGCAAGGGCCACUUCGUCUUCGAAGCGCAGCUGAGGACCUCCUUGGACGAAGCAGCCGCGGGAGAAGUGGGUGCUCGCCGGGGUGGCCCUGA